CAAGUUUCCCAGCCGGCAGGGUGAGGAGAAAGCAGAGGCGAGACCGCGCCCGCCACUAGGAAAAGGAAGGGGGCGGGCCCUGCGCGAGGCAUUUUGGGAACGCGUGGUAUUCUGGGAGCGCGGGACCCGCCAUUCACUCGCUUAACGCCUUCGCAGUCGCAAGAGUCACCUCCGCACCAGAAAGGAAGAGGAGACCGGAACCGAACUCUCUUCCUGCCGAGAUGUCUAUUGGCGUGCCGAUUAAAGUCCUGCAUGAGGCUGAGGGUCACAUCGUGACAUGUGAGACGAACACUGGUGAGGUGUAUCGAGGGAAGCUCAUUGAAGCGGAGGACAACAUGAACUGCCAGAUGUCCAACAUCACAGUCACAUACAGAGAUGGCCGAGUGGCACAGCUGGAGCAGGUGUACAUCCGUGGCAGCAAGAUCCGCUUUCUGAUUUUGCCUGACAUGCUGAAAAACGCACCCAUGUUAAAGAGCAUGAAAAAUAAAAACCAAGGCUCGGGGGCCGGUCGGGGAAAGGCUGCUAUUCUGAAGGCCCAAGUGGCCGCAAGAGGGAGAGGACGUGGAAUGGGCCGUGGAAACAUCUUCCAGAAACGAAGAUAAAUUUAUCUUGGACAGAACUUUGCCCUUAUUUUUUUCUUUUAGGUUAUCUGGGUCAGGGGGUGCGUGCGUAUGUAUAUGUCCUAGGUUAUCUUUUGACAUCUUUUUCUUUAGAUCUGGGUAAAUGUUAAACUAAAUAAUUGUUGUGGGUUUUUCUCUUUUUGAGAAUAUAAGGACUGUGUGUUCA